AUGGUUGCUACUUCGGUGAAUCGUACUGCUCUGCACCCUGGUGGUGUCCAGCCCGGUAAGGGACACACCGAGCUGGAAGAGGAGCUUCACGAGCAUGCCCACAUUGACUACGAGCGUGUCGCUAUCAUUGCCAACCCCUCUGUCCCCGCUCUCUACGAAGAUGCUCUCGUCUACGAGACCGGUACCGCCAUCACAUCCAGCGGUGCUCUGACGGCCUACUCUGGUGCCAAGACUGGUCGCUCUCCCUCUGACAAGCGUAUCGUCAAGGAGGAGUCUUCCGAGAAGGAUGUCUGGUGGGGACCCGUCAACAAGCCCAUGACCCCUGAUGUCUGGCGGAUCAACCGUGAGCGUGCUGUCGACUACCUCAACACCCGCAACCGCAUCUACGUCAUUGAUGGUUUCGCCGGCUGGGAUGAGAGAUACCGCAUCAGCGUCCGUGUUGUCUGCGCUCGCGCCUACCAUGCCCUCUUCAUGCGCAACAUGCUCAUCCGCCCCUCGGCCGAGGAGCUCCAGCACUUCCACCCCGACUAUGUCAUCUACAACGCCGGUUCUUUCCCCGCCAACCGCUUCACUGAGGGUAUGACCUCUGCCACCUCCGUCGCCAUCAACUUCGCCGAGAAGGAGAUGGUCAUCCUGGGAACCGAGUACGCUGGUGAGAUGAAGAAGGGUGUCUUCACCAUCCUCUUCUACGAGAUGCCCGUGAAGCACAACGUCCUCACUCUUCACUCCUCUGCCAACGAGGGCCAGAAUGGCGAUGUCACCGUCUUCUUCGGUCUCUCGGGUACGGGUAAGACGACUCUGUCUGCCGAUCCCAAGCGUGCCCUGAUCGGUGACGACGAGCACUGCUGGACGGACCGUGGUGUCUUCAACAUCGAGGGUGGCUGCUACGCCAAGUGCAUUGGUCUCUCUGCCGAGAAGGAGCCGGAUAUUUUCAACGCCAUCCGCUUCGGAUCCGUCCUGGAGAACGUCGUCUUCGACCCCAUCAGCCGUAUCGUCAACUACGACGACUCGACCCUCACCGAGAACACCCGUUGCGCCUACCCCAUCGAGUACAUUGAGAACGCCAAGGUGCCCUGCAUCUCCGACAAGCAUCCCUCGAACAUCAUCCUCCUCACCUGCGACGCCCGUGGUGUGCUCCCGCCCAUCUCCAAGCUCACUACCGAGCAGACGAUGUUCCACUUCAUCUCGGGUUACACCUCCAAGAUGGCCGGUACUGAGGACGGUGUGACCGAGCCCCAGGCCACCUUCUCCUCCUGCUUCGCUCAGCCGUUCUUGGCCCUCCACCCCAUGCGCUACGCUCGCAUGCUGGCCGACAAGAUCUCCGAGCACAAGUCCAACGCCUGGCUGCUGAACACCGGUUGGGUUGGCGCUGGCGCUACCACCGGUGGCAAGCGUUGCCCUCUGAAGUACACCCGUGCCAUCCUGGACGCCAUCCACAGCGGUGAGCUCGCCAAGGCCGAGUACGAGGUGUACCCCGUCUUCAACCUGAACGUGCCCAAGAGCUGCCCCGGCGUGCCCAGCGAGCUGCUCAACCCCGAGAAGAGCUGGACCGCGUCGACCGGCUUCUCGGACGAGGUCAACAAGCUUGCCAAGCUCUUCAAUGAGAACUUCACCAAGUACGCCGACCAGGCUACCAAGGAGGUGAUCGCGGCCGGCCCCGUUCCUCAGUAG